UUUUUUUAAUUAACUGACAAAUCACAGCCAGACCUAUGCCAACCUUAACCUAUGACUAUAGUUGUAUUCCUUUCAAGAGUUUGAAACACUCGAGCUACUCGCUCCGGUGUUCAGUCGCCCUCAAUUUGCAGGGAACAGAUGCGUGGUGCAUCAAACACUUUUCGAAAGGAAUAAGCGCGUGAAGCCCCGGAGCUGUUACAAUAAUAAAAUAAAUAAAAUAAUAAAAUACAACUUAUGAUGUAUCCUGUUAUUUAGGUACACUAUAGAUUAUUAUUUUCUUUUGUAUGUUCUAGUGCAGUGCUCAUAAAACAAUUUUUACGUACACUCAUGGUGGGGAAAGAAAACACCUAAGGCAAACUACUUUGAAAUGAAAUCUGGCAACAGGGUUUUAACCUCACUUUUAUUUUUUGUUUCACUUUCACCCUGAAGUUUCACAAAUCUAAUGUAUAUGUUUAUGUUUGAAUAACAAAAUGCCCCAAUUCUCCACACAUGAAAACGUAAGCCUGGAAAAAGAAGUAGAAGUUAAAAGAGCAAUAAUCCAGACAAAUUCUGAUGUGAUCGAAGAGGUCUACGACAUAGCAAAAUGUGUUGGAUGGAUCAGGGAAAAUGGGUUUCAAAAGGUGUGUUUGCAAUUUCCUGAUCAUCUAUUGCCAGACUCAUCAGAAAUAGCACUGAGACUACAGAAUAUUUUAGGAGAGACUGUGUAUAUCUUGGGAGAUACGGCCUAUGAAAGCUGUUGCAUCGAUUAUGUAGCUGCAGCUCACAUAAACGCAGAUGCCAUAAUCCAUUUUGGACCUACUUGUUUUUCUAAAACUUCCGCAAAUGUCCCUUAUUUGAAUGUGAAUGAAAAACUACCUUUAAAUGCUUUAGUUUUUGGGGCUGCUUUAAAAGAUCAUUUUGAAUGUAUUGGUACAGAUUUUGUUGUUGUUUUGGAUGAUGGAUAUAUACAUCAUUACGAUGAUGUUUGCAGUGUACUACAGGGGCUUGAAGUAAAAAAAAUUAAUGAAGAAACAUUAGAUCUUAUUGAUAAAAAUGUUAUUUUUAUAGGAAAUAACCAAAGGAAAUUAAUGAAUAUUGAUUUAAAUUUUAAACCCAAAACUCUUCAUUAUUUUGACCCAAACCAAAAUCCACUUGCUUUCAAAAAAUUUCAAGUUGAUUCAAAAAUAAUUAAAAGAAGAUACUUUCUUAUGGAGAAAAUAAGAGAUGCCAAUACUCUAGGCAUCGUAAUUGGCACUUUGGGAGUUGAAAACUACCUUAAAGUUAUUGAUAGGGUUAAAAAACUAGCCGAACUUUGUGGGAAAAAAUAUUACUUGAUAAGUGUUGGAAAGCCUACAGUAGCUAAGUUGGCCAACAUAGGAGAGAUAGACAUUUACGUGAUGAUCACUUGUUCAAUGAAUGAAAUAUAUGACAGCCGUGAUUUUUAUAAACCCAUAGUAACUCCAUUUGAUGUAGAAAUGGCUCUUAAUCCUAAUACUUCAGACAUAAAAUUUACCUAUGACUUCAACAGAUACUUAAAUAAUUUAAAUGAUAUCACUAGCAUAGCAAGAAACGAAAAUGAAACCGAUGUCAGUCUUUUAACAGGAAAAUUGAGGUCUAACAGACCAGACUCUAUCUCAGAAGAACCUGAUAAUAAAGAUUUACAAAUGGCACUAAAAUCUGAUGGAUCGUUGGCAUUGAAUACCAAUUUUGGUGCUGGAUAUCUCAGCGAAAGGUCAUGGAAAGGAUUAGAACAAAAUUUGGGACAGACUGAAGUGAAGAUGGCUGAGGAAGGACGGAAAGGGAUUGCACAGGGUUAUACCAAUGAACAGAUAUAAAUAUUUUGUGUUAGAAAUUAAACUAUUAA